GAAAAUGCAGCUGCAGAGACGGAGAAAAAGAAGGCGAAAGAGAGCAAGAAAGAAAAAGAAAAACGUUCCCUAAAAGGUCCUGCACAUGAUCCGAAUGGGACUGGCGUGUCUUUUGCUACCAAGACAGGAGACCAAGCCAAUAAGAGUGUCCAUAGAGCUACUGCUGAUGGUAAAAAUACAGAGGACCUUGCACCAGUGUCAAUGAAUGUUCCAGAUCCCGAUUUUCAUGAUUUUGACCUGGAUCGGACAGAAAGUUCUUUUGAAGAUACCAGGUUUGGGCUGCAUAUGAUGAUGAUGAUGGCAUGCCGCGUUUCUAUGCUAUGGUCAUAA